AUGCCGACGGCGUCGCGCGACGACGACGAUCGAACGACCGAUCCACGGAUCGUCCUGCGACCCCAGUACACAGUGGCUGUGUUGGCGACACUCACGAAUUUUUCUACCGGCGCCUAUAUCGCAUGGACCGCUGUCGGUCCGCCAAUCCCGAACCAAAAUGGCGGCCAGGCGAGCGAACAGGCCGUAUCCUGGAUCUGUUCGUCGGUGGCUUUGGGCGCCGUGGCUGGUAGCCUGCCAGCGGGCACGAUCGCAGACAGGAUCGGUCGGAAGAGGAGCAUUCUGAUAAGCAGCCUGCUGUUAUCUUUAUGCUGGAUAUUCCUAGCCCGUCUCGUGGCUGGCGUGGGUUGUGGCGCGUCCUCCAUUUUGGUACCACUCUACCUAUCCGAAAUUAUGGAGGACACCGUCAAAGAAUGUUUGGGGACGAUUUAUCAGUUUCAAAUCGCCCUUGGAAUUCUAUUCACGUAUGUUAUAGGUUUCAGUAAUAAUUGGACCGCGAUUGCGCUUCUUUGCGCUUUGGCACCGGCGGUACUUUCGAUCGCGACUCAAUCGAUACCAGAAUCGCCUAUGUGGUUGAUCAGACAGCGUCGUCAGACAGUGGCUGAAGGGAUCGUAUCGCAUUCCAGAGGGAAAUGUUUAACCUUUGAACUGAAGAAACAUCGAAAAGCGUCGAUCAUUGCAUUUGGCACGAUGGUCUUCCAACAGCUGUCAGGGAUGAACACCCUUGUAUCGUACGCAACGUGGAUAUUCCAACAUAUACGGAUUCCAUUAAGCUCGACAACCUGUUCGGUUAUCACUGGAUCGAUGUACCUGAUCGCGACGAUGUUCUCGAAACACCUGAUCGAUCGUAUCGGGCGGAAACUGUUGCUUUUUCUCAGCUUAUCCAUCAUGUCCGUCAGCAUGUUCGUUUUGUCCGGUUACUUUCGUCUCCAGAAAGAACAAGACGUCUCGCGUUUCACGUGGUUGCCAUUUUUGUCGCUCGUAGCGUUCGUCGUCGCGUUUGGCGUCGGUUGUGGCCCGAUACCGUGGAUCCUGAUCGACAGAAUAUUCCCGGACGACGUGAAAACGACCGCCAUCGCCGCGUGCACUGUGUGCAACUGGACGUUGGCGUUCGUGGCGAUGAAAUAUUUCCAAGAUAUGGUGUCGUUUAUGGGAAUCUCGUCGACGUUCGCCGCAUACGGAAUGGUCAGUCUGCUUGGUACCGCGUUUGUCGCCAUUUUUGUACCGGAAACGGAGGGCAAGAGCGACUGGUUACUGUAUCUAGAAGCUCGACGAAUCCACCACAUCAUGGAUGAGUGUUCGAAGACACAAGUUUUUAGGUUGAAGACUGUUAGUUUAAAUAGUAAUGUAUAA